AUGAUUGAAAAGCUUUGUUAUUGCUCACUGUGUCAUGCAUAUACUCAGAAACUUGGCAACUUUUUUGGCGGCGCACAUUACCAAUCACUUUGGAACAUCCAGCCUAGUCCAGACAGUCCUUACCGUCUUUUUGACAACUUUCAGGAUCUUGCACUUGGAUUUGCACUAGAUGGGUUUUCUCUGUUCAAACGUUGCCGCAAGGGGAACUCUACUGCAUGGCCAUUGAUACUGGUAAAUUAUAAUCUUGCUCCGUCUAUCCGCACUCAUCUUGAGAAUGUGAUUUGCGUUGGAGUUAUCCCUGGACCAAAGCAAUUCAAGGAUCUCAACUCAUUCUUAAUACCUUUACUUGAGGAACUUUUGGAGCUCAAGAUUGGAGUACCAACUAAGGAUUGCUCUGCCGUGCCUUUGCAACAAUGGUUUAAGCUCCGUGCCUUUCUGGUUCUUGCAUUUGGUGACAUCCCAGCACUGUCUAAACUACUUGGUGUCAAAGGCCAUAAUGCAUUUGUCCCCUGCCGUACUUGUCAAAUCCAUGGAGUUCAAGGCCCAAAUUCACAUGUUUAUUAUGUCCCAAUUACUCAGCCAGGCGGAGAGGACUAUUGGGACAUAGAGGACCUCCCUAUGCAAACGCCUGAGCUAUUCGAAAGUCAUUUAGCAGAGAUAGAAGCCAGCUCUACAAAGACUGCCCGCGAAAAACUAGCUCGAGUCUACGGCGUAAACUCUCGGUGUGUUUUCUCCACCCUACAGACAAUCAAUGUGGCGGCUUCAUUCCCCUAUGACUUUAUGCACUUGAUGUUCAAAAACAUUGUCCCAAAUUUAAUUCGACAUUGGACGGGAACCUUUAAAGAUCUUGAUGAAGGCAGCGGCAACUAUUCGCUCACCCAUAUAUGGGGUACUAUUGGUGCUGAGACUGCCGCCGCUCUUAAGUUUAUUCCAGCUCAGUUUGUUGGAACAAUUCACAAUAUAGAUCAAGAUAUUUCACUCUACAAGGCCAAGGGAUACAGCUUCUGGAUGCUCUACUUAGCUCCAAUCCUUCUCAAAGGCCGACUCCCUUCCAAGUAUUAUCAACAUGUCUUAGAUUUAUGCGAAAUCAUUGAACUUUGCCUAAGAUACUCAAUCAAACAAGCUCAGAUUGACUACCUAGAGGAGAAGAUUCAGAACUGGGUUGCAGAUUACGAGGCGUAUUAUUAUCAGUACAAGGAGACUCGCCUCAGCGCUUGCCCGCUUACCAUUCAUGCACUUCUGCAUGUUCCGUAUUAUAUUCGCCAAACUGGGCCUGUCUGGACAUCGUGGGCUUUUGUAAUGGAACGCUUUUGUGGCAGCCUACUUCCUGCUAUCAAGAAUCGGCUCAACCCAUAUCCUUGUAUCAACAACUAUGUCCAAAGGCGAGCUCAAUUACAGAAUAUAUCUGCUAUGUACAAUGUUAGGACUAUUCAACCGCAUGACUCCAGGGGAUCAACGUAUGGAGAUCAAGAAGAAAUGUCCAAGUGGGAAGAGGUAUACCCUAAAUUCCCAGCCUCUAUUUUAGGUACACCAAUACAUCGCAAGUAUCCGCUCAAUAACCAACUUUUCAACCAACUUCUUCAAUACUUUUGUUUGUAUCUGACUCCUACACCAACUCGAUCCACAUUUCAAGCAAUGAUAGACAUUGAAUCUGUCACACAAUACGGCCGAGUAAGGAUUGCCGGCGGAGGCGACCGUUUUCGAGUUGCAAAGAGUGACUCCAAUCCAUGGGAUCGAGACAACACGUUUGUUCGAUUUAUUAUGUAUCCAGAUGCCAACGCUAGCUUUAGAAAUCGGGCAGACCGACCAGUUCGCCAAGUAAAUUAUGGGCAGCUUCUUGACAUCAUUUAUCUAAAGCUUAAGCCCAAUGAGCACUAUCCAAAUGUCGACCUCGAAUACCUCCUAGCCCACAUUCUUCCCUGUGAAACGUUCACGCACGACGAUGCAACCAGUACACUGGUUGAAUAUCAAAAGAUGGCCGGGCAUUCAAUAGUCGUUCACUUAAACUCGGUUGAGGCUGUCGUCGGGCGAGCAAAACGAGACGACACUUGGGGAAUUAUUGACCGAAGCAAUGGAGCGGUAAGAACUCUCUUCACGAAUGAUAACAAUCAACCGGGUGAAGAGCUUUGA